AUGGCAUUGAAGCGUAUCCAGAAGGUAAGUAAUUUCUCGAUAUUAUCUUUGUUGGUUUUUAGGUAUUGAUGGAUUUUUUCUUUAGGAAUUACAAGAUCUUGGUCGUGAUCCUCCCGCACAAUGCAGCGCAGGUCCAGUUGGCGAUGAUUUAUUCCAUUGGCAGGCAACCAUCAUGGGUCCUCCAGAAUCGCCAUAUCAAGGGGGAGUUUUCUUCUUGACCAUCCAUUUCCCCACUGACUACCCUUUCAAGCCACCCAAAGUCUCCUUCACCACACGGAUUUACCACCCUAAUAUUAACAGUAACGGCAGUAUUUGUUUGGACAUUCUUCGCUCACAGUGGUCUCCUGCACUGACUAUUUCAAAAGGCAAGUUACAAGGAUUUUUUUUGUAUUGGUAUGGGUUAGUGUUAUCGAUUUUCGUUUAUCUGGAUCGAAUGCGGGUGUCAGUUGUUAGGACAACUUUGUAUUUUUUUGUUUCACAAAAUUUUUCCAGAAACUAAUGUAUUUUAGAGCUGAUUCUGGGGAUUUUAUCUAAUUUUUGUUUUAUUUUAGUCUUGCUCUCUAUCUGCUCCCUGCUUUGUGAUCCCAACCCAGAUGAUCCACUUGUGCCUGAGAUUGCCCGCAUUUACAAAACCGACAGAGACAGGUACAACACCCUGGCACGCGAAUGGACGCAGAAAUAUGCGAUGUGA